UGCUCAGUUCCCUUGGCUCUCUCUGCUUGCUUUCACUGGCUGUUGGGUUCUUCCCUUCACGGCAGUACAGUGUCUGACUGGAUGCACUUACAAAGAAAUGAUCUCCUUAGCUCUUAAAGCAUUUAGUUUAUCUAAUCUGGUGGAUGCUUAAUGUAUUUCAACUGUGUGCAAGGUCCACUGAAAAAAUAAAAAAACACUAAGAGGUGGAGCAGGUUUCCAGGAAGUCAUCAAGUUGAGAUUGUCUUGAUUGUCAGGAACAGGAAGAAUCUCAUUAUAUCUUGGGGGAAAAGACCCUAAUACAGUAGAGAGUCUAUUAUCUGAACAUCGAUUAUCUGAAAUGUCAGUUAUCCAAAUGCAGCCUUCCGAUGUUUCCAGAACAUGGUGCUGAACAGGAUUAAAUGAAAAAAGAUUAAAAGGUCUCCAUUUAUUUCAAGCAUCUUUAAAGGGCAACUGUUAAUACCACUGCUAUUUCAGUAAGCUACAAAUCUUUUCAGAGAAAAACAAAUUGUCUGCUAAGCCUUUUGGCACAUAAAAAUAUCACACGAGAAAGCACAGUACUGCAAAUGAUUAAUAUUUCUAACAAGGCUAUAUGUAGCACAUUGGACACUGUUUUGCAAUACACAGAAGUUUACAAUAUUCAGUUAACUGGAGCAUUAGCUAAUACUGAAUAAGUUGGAGAGAAUAUGUUUGGGUUACUGAUCCCAGCACAAGUACCAAAGUAAAAUAAUUCAUCUCAUGGAAGAUAGAUACAGGAGUAACUUCCAACUGCUUUAAGGAGCCAAACAUAUUUCCCAGGAAGUUAGAAGACAAAACAGUGAUCACAUAAUGGAUGAGUACUCAAGAUUCCACAAAGGUAACUAUGAGGGAUAUUCAUCACAUGAUGGCUAUGGUAGCUAUGACCCCAAUCAGGAUGAAGAUGCACAAAGUGAUGCGACAGAAGGCCAUGAUGAAGAGGAUGAAAUCUAUGAAGGGGAAUACCAAGGCAUCCCCCAUCCAGAUGAUAUUAGGGUGAAAAAUAAAGCUCUUGCAGUUGCUGAUGAGUACCGGGACCAUGCGGAUCUAGUAGCAGAACGGAUGGAGGAUGAGGAACAGCUUGCACAUCAGUAUGAGAAUAUUAUCCAGGAGUGCAGCCAUGGUCGUUUUCAAUGGACUCUCUUCUUUGCUGUUGGCCUGGCUCUAAUGGCUGAUGGAGUGGAAGUGUUCGUAGUGGGGUUUGUACUUCCCAGUGCUGAAAAAGACAUGUGCUUGACAAGUUCCAAUAAAGGAAUGCUAGGACUGAUAGUCUACCUUGGGAUGAUGGUUGGAGCCUUUGUGUGGGGAGGCCUUGCAGAUAAAAUCGGCAGAAGGAAAUGUCUCAUUAUAUCCCUCUGUGUUAAUGCUGCCUUUGCUGUUCUCUCCUCAUUUGUGCAAGAAUACGGCUUCUUCCUCUUCUGUCGACUCAUCUCCGGGUUUGGCAUUGGUGGUUCGAUUCCCAUUGUGUUUCCCUACUUCUCAGAAUUUUUGGCUCGAGAGAAGCGAGGAGAGCAUCUCAGCUGGCUGUGUAUGUUCUGGAUGAUUGGUGGCAUCUAUGCUUCAGCAAUGGCAUGGGGAAUCAUUCCAAACUAUGGUUGGGGAUUCAGUAUGGGGACUAAUUACCAGUUCCACAGCUGGCGAGUAUUUGUAAUCAUUUGUGCCCUGCCUUGCCUGUCUUCCAUCAUUGCACUUAAAUUUAUGCCUGAAAGCCCACGUUUCUUACUGGAGCUAGGAAAACAUGAUGAAGCCUGGAUGAUUCUUAAGAGAGUACAUGAUACAAACAUGAGAGCCAAGGGCCAGCCUGAGAAAGUAUUUACAGUGUGUCAAAUUAAAACACCCAAACAGAUUGAUGAAUUCAUUGAAAUACAGAGUUCUACAGGAUCUUGGUAUCAGCGAUGGCUUGUCAGGAUCAUGACUGUCGCAAAACAGAUUUGGGAAAAUGUGUUAAUAUGCUUCUCUGGCAAGUACAGAAGAAAUACAGUGCUCCUGGCAAUAAUUUGGUUUACCAUGUCUAUCAGUUUCUAUGGCCUGACAGUAUGGUUCCCAGAUAUGAUCAGACAUAUUCAGAAUGAAGAAUACAAGUCCAAAGUGAAAAUUUUUCAUGGAGAACAAGUAUUACACAUGACCUUCAACUUCUCCUUAGACAACCAAAUCCACAAAGAUGGAAAAUACUUCAAUGAUAAAUUUUACAAGAUGAAGUUCAAAGAUGUAAUCUUUGAAGACUCCCUCUUUGAAGACUGCUACUUUGAAGAUGUCACAUCCACUGAAACUUACUUUGAGAAUUGCACCAUUGUAUCAACAGUUUUCUAUAACACAGAUCUCCAUGACCAUAAGUUCGUUGAUUGCAAGUUUAUAAAUACCACUUUCUUAUUGGAGAAGGAAGGAUGCCAUCUUGACUUUGAGGAAGAAAAUGACUUUCUCAUUUAUUUGGUCAGUUUUCUGGGCAGCUUAUCUGUGCUGCCAGGCAACAUCAUUUCAGCUUUGCUAAUGGACAAAGUUGGAAGGAUAAAAAUGACUGGGGGUUCAAUGCUAAUUUCUUCGUUGUGCUGCUUCUUCCUCUUUUUUGGCAGCAGUGAGUCGGCAAUGAUAGGCUGGCAGUGUCUCUUUUGUGGAGCAAGCAUUGCAGCCUGGAAUGCACUGGAUGUGAUCACAGUUGAACUGUAUCCUACUGACAAAAGAUCUACAGCCUUUGGCAUUCUCAACGCCAUUUGCAAGUUAGCUGCCAUCUUUGGAAAUUCGAUAUUUGCAUCAUUUGUUGGUGUAACAAAGGUGAUCCCUAUUCUGCUUGCUUCCUCUGCUCUCGUUGCAGGUGGCUUGGUUGCUUUGCGACUACCAGAGACUCGACAGCAAGUUCUUAUGUGAACCAUAACUUAGUAAUAGAAUGAUCCAUUGUUAGAUAAACAUAGGCAAAGACCAACAGUGCUUCUUUCUGUUUGGUUUCUGCAGACACCUCAGUUACCACUGAAACGUAUUAAUAUAUCAGUAGUUUAGGUCCAUUCCUGACACAGAAAAAAAACUUCCUUUCCAGUGCUGAUAUCCACAAGUGGUGUUUAUAGCAGCAUUGAUCUCCAGCAGCAAAUGCAAUUAAGACAUUCAUUUCUGAAACUUGUUAAGUUAUUCUCUUUUUCAUUAAACUCAAGCAAGUAUUCAAAGAGCCUUAUUAUUCAAGAGACUCUGUUUUUCUAUAUUUCGCACUGCAGUUAUGCUAAUUUUGUUGAUUGCAUAUCUAGGUAUCAGUAUGCUGCAUUUACUGUAGUUAACAAUGUAUAAGCAGUAAUUACACUACCGGAACUGAAACAAAUAAUGUUGUGUUAUCUUGCUUGUUUGAGUUGUUUUGUGCAAAACAGAAAAAAUAAGCGAAUACAUCCUAAGAGGUCACUUAUUGUAUAUGAUUACCUUUAUUGCAGUUUCAACAAUCGUUUGCUUACUAGCUAAUGCUGCAGUUAACAGAAAUGUCUGCAAUAUCUUAAUAUCUGUGCUGCCAUUUUACAGAAACAUCAGCAGAAUAUUAUAGGAUAUGUUCACAACCUGGUCCUGAUAGCUAAUCUGUGCAGCUCGACCCCUGCACCUCUAAUACAUCAUGAAUUGUUUACAUCUGGAGCCUGUCAGUCUACAUGCAUAGGCAGGCCAACUUAAUGGGCAAUGUCCAUUUUUGAGGCUUCUUUGAUGAUAGUGAAUCACAAGUGUACAAUACUGCAUCAUUACAAGGAAAAGUUUAAAAAUAUGAUAAAUCAUUUAAUAAAACUUAAGCAAUGAACAACACAUUAAAUUGACAUUACCUUGUACGGAAUAAAUAGUUUCUUUCCUAAUGUUUGCAGAAGGAUUGAUUAUUUUGCUGGCAGUUUACAGACGUAAUAGAAUAUAAGUUUAUUACAUUAUGUUUGAUGUCCCUUUCUGAUACUAGUAACUGAUAUUAUGAAUGUUCUAGUGGAUUGUUUCAGAUAAAGACAUUAAAUAAAGUGCUCUUGAUGAGCUUUUGUGUAGUAAAAUCAGUUAUGUUUUCUUUAUGCAAUAGAAGGGAAACAAUUCUGUUAUUUGAUAGGCAACAAUUUGCAGACUGGUUGUAAGAAUGGUAGCCAGCAUUUUUUAUAUGAAACAUGCCAAAUAUAUUAAUGAUAUUUAAAUGGAGAAAACUUUUCCAACUCUUAUUUUGGAGACAUUUCAUAAAAAUGCAGAAACUAACUGUGGUUUUUAUUUGCAUUUUGGAAUAGCACCAGACAGCAUACAUUGCAUUUCCUGAACUAUUCAAUUAAAUGCUAUCAAUAAAAUAUGAGUUGCACUGUU